AUGUCUCGUCAACUGUGCAUCACCUCAGUGGACGGCCACACAGGCUUCCUGAUCGCCGAACUAAUCUUGACAGACCCCAGUUUCGCCCAAAAGAUCGGCUCCAUCACGGGCCUGUCGCUCCAUCCCGAAGCGGAAUCAUGCAAAGAGCUCGCCAAGCUGGGCGCGAAGGUUGUCCCGCACAAGCCUGGCCGGCUCAAAGACGUGGUUUCGACUCUGAAGAGCAUCGGAGCGGAUGCGAUGUGUCUGAUUCCACCGGCCCAUCAGGAUAAAUUUGACAUCACGGUCGAGUUGAUUGAGGCAGCAAAGAAAGCGAACAUUCCGAACGUCUGCUUUGUGAGCUCUGCUGGCUGCGAUCUAGCAGAGCGCGAUAAGCAACCCCGUCUGCGCGAGUUCAUAGAUUUGGAAGCAAUAUUCAUGGCUUCGGAGGGGGAUCCGUCCACCUCAACAGGUCAUUCUCCGGUUGUGGUACGGCCUGGCUUUUACGCAGAGAACCUCCUCCUAUACUCUAGGCUGGCGCAAGAAGAGGGCACUCUUCCACUUCCCAUCGGCUCCAACCAUAAGUUUGCGCCGAUUGCCCUUGGGGACGUUGCCCAAGUUGUCGCGCACAUUUUGACGGGGGAGGGAAAACAUGGAUUCAGCGAUCAACACAGGGGGCAGCUUAUGGUUCUGACUGGGCCGAUGCUUACUAUGGGUGACGAGCUCGCCGCGGCUGCUAGCAAAGCCUUGGGGGAGGACCUCAAGUUUGAAGAUAUAUCCGAGGCGGAAGCCAAAAAGGUCCUUCACGCCCAGGCCGAAAGCGACAUGUCCGAGAUACAGUAUCUGCUGGAGUAUUACUCCCUAGUCCGCGAAGGCAAGACGAAUUAUAUUUCCACCACUACCUUUCAUGAUGUCACAGGAGGACACCCUGAGGAGCCGCCGGAUUUCUUCAAGGAUUACGGAACAAAAAGGCGAAAUUACCUCAGCUGUAAUAUCAACUCUCUCGCUACAAAGUAG